AGGCGUUUCCGCCUGUGUUGGAUGUGUCCUCGUCGAAAAGACGGAUCCUGACGGCGGUGAAUGUUGCAAGAGACCCGGAGUCUGCCAUCACAGCCAUGGUAACGCCGAUCGUGCAGCUUUGCGACAUUGAAGAUGUGAUCUUGCUUGACGAGUACACGUUUCCUCCGAUUCCGAGCUUGGCGUCUUCCAAAGUCCGAAGUUUGGAGCUUCGUUUCACCCCUAACACAGCGCAGGAUUAUUUCCGUGACUUUAUAUGCCCAUUCAUCAGAGCAUCUCCAGAGUUGCGCAGACUCCGAGUGAACCUGGGAACCAACUUUUAUUCCCGACACCUUGGUCAGCAGUACGAGAUUUUGCUGAACGACUUGGCGAGCUGCCAGCACUUGGAGGAGAUCGAGUUCCUGACGCUGAGUGCGGAUCAGUGGCCACCGGUGGAGCGAUCCCAUGCCUUGGCCGAGUACCAUGAUCACCGGGGACCCAAGACCAACAAGGUGGUAACUGCAAGUUUGGACACUGUGCAAAAGCUGUUGCAAAGCUGCAGGCGACUGAGGCGUGUGAAACUCUUGCCGCCCAGUGUGGAGUGUCGUGUGAGCUUUUAUCGCUUGCUGUGUGCUAUGGAUGUGUCAAUUGAAUCACUGGAUCUUCUCCAUGCCUACGCAGAUACAAGAGGAACGUCCGAUUUGAACACAGAACUGGAAAAUCUGCCACAGAUCAUCUCUACCGCGGCCGCUCCAAAGAUUUCUGUGAACUUUGGAAUGGCCUUGACUCAGCCGAUAUGUGAUGCUAUCCUGUCGACACGCUUGAGAUCCUUGCGUGUGGAGCGUGUUCCACACAACGACCCUUUCUUCCAGAUGUUUGCCAUGCUACCAAUGCAGAGCCCAUUCUUGGAAGAGCUGGCUCUCGGUCAUCUUGCUAUUACCAGCGCCUACGAACUGACCUUUCUUGACACGCUCUGUGCAUUCCGCCACCUAAGCCUCUUACGACUGCGUGCUCUGGAGGGCGAUGGCCUCGGUCAGCUGGCUGGGAUCCUUCCACAUGUGGUGCAGCAGAACCGUCGCACGCUAGAGACGUUGUAUCUUGAAGACUUGGAUGCGAAGACGCUUCUGUCUUGCAUCGCUGGCUGCCGCAACUUGCGCUCCCUGGAAGUGGCAAAAUCCUCAUCAGCGACGCUGCGCCCCUGUGCUGAUUUUCCAAGCGGUGCGCUGGAGUUAUGCAUGAAGGUUAUAGCGCGGUGCCCCAAGUUGUGGAGCUUGCACUUGAACACGGUGGCCUGCCCCGAUGAAGCGAAAAACUUGGAGCGGCACAUCUUGCAGAUGGGCCGAGGGCUGCAAGAGCUUGUUGAUCAAAAUGUGGAUUUUUAUCGUGGCCUCCAGUACAACGGCGGCAUGAAGGACGAUCCCAACAGGGUAGAGUCUGACGAUGAUGACUGAUGCCGUGGGUAGGUCUGGAGUCUGAACAGCAAAGAGGAGGGGAGACCCCUCGUGGUUUUUAUGCGGGGUCAGGCGGUCUAUCUCGGCUAGUUUUAGUGAGGAUAGCCAUGGAUAGCCCAAGGUGGGAAGUGUUAUUCCUCCACCAGGUUGAGAGGAUACCUUGCAUGAUGGUCCCAAAUGACAGCCACGGUGCUGAAUUGACGGAACCAGCCAUGGUGCUGAAAACAAAUAAUGCCAUGUCAACGGGAUGCUUGACCAUUUAUUCUAUCUAGCCUUGUUCCUUGAGUCCGUCGACCUCUAAUUCAAAGGCCGUUUUAAUGAUAUUGAUGUUAUUAGCCAUGGAUCAAAUCCAUGAU